AUGAGUCCGACUCACCCACUGUCUCCAACGUGUCCAUCUCAGAGCCUCAUAUUCACAACAAAACACCUCAUUAUAGCCCGUCAGGAUUCUGGGACUCUUCAAAUAAGCGAUGUCGAAAAUAUCAACCAAGCAGUAGUUGAAAAGCCACUUUUCAAGGAGAAAUCUCACCAGCAUGUAUGGUCUUACAAACGCUGGUUGAAUGACCACGAGGAACGCUCCUCUGCCGGAAACAUAAAGAAGAAACACCUUGCACUGACUUGGGACCGAUUGAAAAUUACGGGGUCGAAUUCAAAGGCAGUUCUAGGCGCUGAUAUACUUUCCUAUAUCAACCCGCUAGAAUACAUCCGUAGUGCUGGGGGUAAAUCUACGCUCGAAAUUUUGCACGAAGUCACAGGCCAAGUUCUACCUGGAGAAAUGCUUCUUGUACUUGGCCGCCCAGGGUCAGGAUGUGCUUCGUUUCUCAAAGCAGUCACCAACAAACGUGCAAGCUUCAAGGAGGUCAGUGGAGAUGUUUGGUAUGGAAGUAUGAGCCACGAGGGGGCGGACAAAUACCGCGGAGCUGUUCUUUAUAAUAACGAAGAUGAUAUCCACUCGCCUACCUUGACUAUCAAACAAACACUUGCAACAGUUGCUCACAGUCGCGUUGCAAGACAUCAUCGGUCUACCGGGAAAAGGUCUGAGUUUGUCAAAGAGACAUUAGAAGUAGUUCCCAAAGCAUUAGGGAUUUCUCACACUGCCGGAACGUUGGUAGGUAAUGAGUUCAUACGGGGCGUUUCCGGUGGAGAACGCAAACGUGUAUCAUUAGGUGAGAUCCUCGCAGCCAAGGCGUCAAUAAUGUGCUGGGAUAAUGCCACACGUAGCCUUGAUGCGUCUUCCGCGUUGGCCUUCAACGAAAAUCUUCGUCAUCUCGCAGACGAGUCCAACGCCACCAUUUUGACAACUCUUUACCAGGCAGGAAACCGCAUCUACGAUCUCUAUGAUAAUGUCAUGGUUCUCGAUGAAGGAUACCAGAUAUAUUAUGGUCCAAGGUGGGCAGCUCAAGGUUACUUUGAAGCUAUGGGCUUUAUAUGCCCUGCCGGUGCUAAUAUUGCCGAUUUCCUUACCUCUGUAACUGUCCCUACGGAGCGUCAAGUGAGGGAUAGAUUCCACGGUACAGUGCCAACCUCAGCCAAAGAGUUUCACGAAGCCUAUUCUAAGAGCGACAUUGCCGAUAUGAUGGGCAAGAAAAUCAUUCCAGCGACAGAAUUUCACGAAGAGACCAAGCAAAUGCACGCUGCUUACAGAGAAGAGCAGCCAAAACAUAGGAGUCCAAUACAGGGCUCAUACAAAAUAGGUCUCUUUCACCAGACUAUUACGUGUGUCAUCAGGCAAACUCAGAUCUUGUUGGGAGACCCAUACUCUAUGAUCAUGCAGCAACUGUCUUCUCUUAUAUUUGCUCUUAUCUCUGGCAGUUUGUACUAUAAUUUGCCAGAUACGAGUGCUGGUCUUUUUACCCGGUCCGGAGCCUUGUUCUUUCCGAUUGUUGUGUUUAACAUUGUGGGCAUGGCUGAAGUUACCGCUUCAUUCAUGGGAAGGCCAAUCCUGGUCCGACACCGUGACUUCAGUCUCUAUCGACCAACAGCAUUUGUCAUCGCACGAAUGAUCACUGAUAUCCCAUCAAUCGUCGCCCAAGCCACAACUUUUAGUAUAGUCUACUACUUUCUGUGCGGUUUUCAGUCUGAUGCUGGUAAAUUCUUCACCUUCUGGGUCAUGUACAUCAUCCUUGCCCUUGUCUUUACACAAAUGUAUCGAUUCAUCGGCUCCGCAUUUACAGCCUUCGAUAACGCAGCUAAGGUCAGUGGGUUUUGGGUUGUAAUCCUGAUGCUCUAUGCUGGAUAUUUUAUCCCGUAUCAAACCAUGCACGUUCCGCUCUUCUGGCUGGCAUGGCUCAGCCCAGCUUUUUACGCGUAUGAGUCGUACAUGGGCAAUGAGUUUGGCGGGCUAUUCCUUUCGUGCACAGGACAACAGUUAAUCCUCAGCGGCGCUUCGUAUAACAAUACCUCCUAUCAGGUUUGUGCUGUUGCAGGUGUGUCAAACGACGGUUUACAUGUCGUGGGUAGCGAUUACAUCACUCAGUCAUACUCUUUUAAAGUCGACCAUAUCUGGCGUAAUUUCGGAAUUCUGGUCGGCUGGUGGUUUUUCUAUGCUGUUGCCACGGCCAUCGCACUCGAGCGACCCCACCACAACUCAGGCUCCUCGUCUCUAAUCUUCGCGCGCGGCAAGAAGCCAAAAGACGCAUUAAGAAAAUCGGCAGACGAAGAAAACCCAUCCCAGGGUCCGGGAGCGCAGAGCACUGUGCCGCAGUCGAAUGAGCUCUCCCUUGCUCGAAACGAAGCACUCUUCACCUGGGAAAAUCCGUCCUACACAGUUUCAGUCCCUGGUGGCCAUGGCAAACUCCUGAACGAUAUAACCGGAUGGGUGAAGCCUGGAACUCUAGGCGCUCUCAUGGGAAGCUCUGGAGCAGGCAAAACCACUCUUCUCGACGUUCUGGCGCAACGAAAAGAUGCCGGUGUUGUGGAAGGAUCAAUCCUGGUAGAUGGGCGGCCUUUACCUUUCAGCUUCCAGCGCUCGGCUGGCUAUAGUGAACAGAUGGAUGUUCAUGAGAGCACAGCUACCGUCAGGGAGGCCCUAGUUUUAUCAGCCCGUCUUCGUCAGCCGCGCGAUGUUCCUGAUGAGGAUAAAAUCACGUAUGUGAAUAGUAUCAUCAAGUUGCUUGAAAUGGAAGAUAUUGAGGAUGCUUUGAUUGGAGAACCCGGUGCAGGAUUGAGUAUCGAACAACGCAAACGAGUAACAAUAGGUGUAGAGCUUGCUGCAAAACCGAGUAUACUGCUCUUUCUCGAUGAGCCAACAUCAGGACUAGACGGGCAAUCAGCGUUCAACGUUGUGAGAUUCCUCCGCAGACUGACAGCCGCCGGACAAGCGGUGCUUUGUACAAUUCAUCAACCAUCGGCCACUUUUUUUGAAGCGUUUGACACAUUGCUUCUCCUAGCCAAGGGUGGAAAUACUAUCUAUUUCGGAGAAACUGGAACCAAUUCCGAGACACUGUUAAACUAUUUGGCAGUUAAUGGAGCUCCUUGCCCUCCUGACGCCAAUCCGGCAGAGCACAUCAUUAAUGUUGUCUCUGACAAAGCAGAUUCCGGAGACAUAUGGGCCGCAAACUGGCUCCAAUCCCCCGAGCGCACCGAGUGUCUCACUGAGCUCGCCGCCUUAAAAGCAGACGCCUUGAGUCGAGAGUCAACAGUCAAAGACAGCGAGGGUGAUUUUGCAACUUCUUUGAUGACGCAGCUUCGUCUCAUUACCUCAAGGCAGCAGGCAGCACUAUGGAGAAAUCCGGACUACGUGUGGAACAAAAAUUUCCUUCAUGUCUCAUCAGGACUAAUGACCGGCUUCAGCUUCUGGAAACUUGGGAACAAAGUCAGCGAUCUGCAACUGCGUCUUCUCUCUGUAUUUGGUUUCCUGUUUGUAGCGGUAGGAGUCAUAAACCAACUACAGCCCCUCUUCAUCCAUAACCGCAAUAUCUUCGAGGCCCGAGAAAAAAAGGCAAAAAUGUAUAGCUGGCUAGUAUUCAUUGCCUCACAACUGAUCGCCGAAGUACCAUACUUAAUCGUCUGUGGGACCAUGUACUUUUGCACUUGGUACUUCACCGUCGGCCUUCCCAUCAAAGGCAGCACGUCCGGCCAGGUCUUCUUCACCAUGAUCUUGUACGAGUUCCUCUACACCGCAAUCGGCCAAGGCAUAGCCGCCGUCUCGCCUAACUCCUACUUCGCCUCUCUCCUCAACCCUAUCAUCUUAGGCUCCCUUUUCAUAAACUUCUGUGGUGUGCUAGUUCCGUACAACCAGAUAGUGGUGUUCUGGAAGUACUGGCUUUACUGGCUUGACCUCUUUACGUACCUUGUUGGCGGACUACUCACGCAGAUUUUAUUCGACGUGGAUGUCACGUGCGCAAAGAGUGAACUAGCAUCUUUUACGUCGCCUGCAAAUAUGAAUUGUGGAGACUACAUGGCCACGUUCUUUGAGACUGGUGCUGGGUACCUGGUGGAUAACUCGACGUCCAGUUGUACUGCCCAUAUAAAUAUGGCUCGCAGUAUGCAGCGACCAUGA